AUGCCGUCCACUAUCAGUAGCACUGUUGUUCAAAAGACUGGCUCUGAACCAAUUCCCUGUCAGCAUGCUACCACAACCACAGAAACAGGUGCUGGAACAGGAGGGAUUUAUUCUGCCAUCCUCAGCCGCAACCAUCCCAUCACCGAAGUCAAGGAGAAAACCUUUCAUGAGCUUCAUAAGAAGUGCCUUGAAAAGAAGAUUCUUUAUGAGGAUCCAGAUUUUCCAGCUAAUGACAGCUCCCUUUUCUUCAGUCACAGGCUCCAAGUCAAAUUUGAGUGGAAAAGACCAUCAGAAAUCUGUGAGAAUCCACGCUUUAUCCUUGGUGGAGCUAAUAGGUCUGACAUUUGUCAAGGGGAACUAGGGGAUUGUUGGUUUCUGGCUGCCAUUGCUUGUCUGACCCUGAAUGAAAAAUUGUUGUUUCGGGUCAUUCCAGAGGGUCAGACCUUCACAAAAGAUUAUGCUGGGAUUUUUCACUUCCAGUUCUGGCGUUAUGGAAGUUGGGUGGAAGUUAUUAUCGAUGAUCGUUUACCAACAUAUGGAAAACAUCUGGUCUUCACUAAAUCCUCCCAGCAGAAUGAAUUCUGGAGUGCAUUACUGGAAAAAGCUUAUGCAAAGCUUCACGGGUCCUAUGAAGCAUUAAAAGGAGGCAACACCACAGAGGCCAUGGAGGAUUUCACAGGAGGAGUGACAGAAUUCUAUGAGAUAAAGGAUGCUCCUAAAGAUACAUAUAAAAUCAUGAAGCAUGCCAUUGAGAGAGGGUCACUUAUGGCUUGUUCCAUUGAGGACAGUUCAGGAUUUAUUUAUGGAAGUGCCCCUACAACUGAUAUUGGACAAUUCAUUGCCCAAAAGUUGCAGAAGAUGAAUUUUGAAUUUUGGAAUGAGUCAACUGAAGAAACAGAAGACAGAACAACCCGGACCAUCAUUCCAAUGUUGUAUGAAAGGCGCAUGACUAAUGGACUGGUCACAGGCCAUGCAUAUUCAGUCACAGGUGUAGAAGACGUAACACUUAAAGGGGAGAAGAUAAAACUGGUGCGGCUCAGAAAUCCCUGGGGACAAGUAGAAUGGAAUGGAGCUUGGAGUGAUAGCUCAGAUGAAUGGAAUGACAUUGAUAAUGCCGAGAAGGUCCGCUUGCAACAUAAAAUUGCAGAGGAUGGCGAGUUUUGGAUAUCAUUCCAAGAUUUUCUGAGAUAUUUCACAAAGUUGGAGAUUUGUAAUCUCACCCCCGAUACCCUUGAGGCUGAUAAGCUUUACACAUGGACAGUUUCCGUCACAGAAGGACAAUGGGUGCGAGGAAGCACUGCAGGUGGCUGUCGUAACUAUCCAGACACUUUUUGGACCAAUCCCCAAUAUCGUUUGAAACUCCUGGAAGAAGACGAUGAUCCAGAAGAUAGUGAGGUGAUAUGCAGCUUCCUGGUGGCACUGAUGCAGAAAAACAGGAGAAAAGAGCGCAAACUAGGAGCCAAUCUCCUCACAAUUGGUUUUGCCAUCUACGAGGUGCCAAAAGAGAUGCAGGGUGACAGGAAACAUUUGCAGAAGGAUUUUUUCCUUUACAAUGCCUCCAAAGUAAAAUGCAAGUCUUACAUAAACAUGCGAGAAAUCACAGAACGCUUCCGGUUACCACCCAAGGAGUAUGUCAUCAUUCCAUCCACUUAUGAACCCCACCAAGAAGGAGAAUUUAUCCUGAGAGUUUUCUCAGAAAAAAGAAGUCUUUCAGAGGAAGUUGAAAAUAAGAUUGAAGCAGGAAAUAUCUCGCCAAUCAUCUUUGUCUCAGACAGAGCAAACAAGAUCAAAGAUCUGAAAGGCGGUGAGGGGCCAAGAAAGGACAAGGGAAAAACAAGUCCAGAUAAGCAAAAGAAGAACACAGAGCCUGCAGAAAAAGAUACAGAUGCUGAAGAAGAUAAGCAGUUCAAAAAUAUUUUCCGACAAAUUGCUGGGGACGAUAUGGAGAUCAGCGCUGAUGAACUAAGGAAUGUCCUCAACAAUGUUCUGAAAAAACAUAAAAGUUUGAAAACAGAAGGUUUUGCCCUGGAAUCCUGCCGCAGCAUGAUUGCGCUAAUGGAUACAGAUGGUUCCGGGAAAAUAAAUCUUGAUGAAUUUCGCCACCUUUGGACUAAAAUUAAAAGCUGGCAGAAAAUUUUCAAGCGUUAUGAUACCGACCAUUCAGGAACCAUUAACAGCUAUGAGAUGCGUAAUGCAGUUAAAGAUGCAGGGUUUCAAUUGAAUAACCAAUUAUAUGACAUCAUUACAAUGCGUUACGGUAACAGAAAUAUGAAUAUAGAAUUUGACAGUUUUAUCUGUUGUUUUGUGCGACUGGAAGGAAUGUUCCGUGCAUUCCAGGCCUUUGAUAAAGAUGGAGAUGGCAUUAUUAAACUGAAUGUCUUAGAGUGGCUACAGCUCACCAUGUAUGCCUGAUUAUCACUCAUUUUGCACCUUCUCUUGGAUUAUUGACUUAAUCAGCCAUCAUUCAGUUUCAAGACACUGAUCUCUUGCACAUCUUCCUCUUAAAAAUUACACGGAAAGGAAGUAUAAAUUCUGCAGAUUUAUGUUCAAGGAAACAGCUUACGGAGAAGUAACAAAAGCAGUGAAGCAUCUUGUGCACAAGAAGGGUAUCUGCUCUCCUGAUGGAAUCAACUCUGGAUGCAUGAGUUUUGUUGCAAAUCAAAAUUGUUGUCUUACUUUGAAACAGCACCUCUUCUUACCA